AUGCAGCCCGUCGCUCUCGUCUGUCUAAUCCUAGCGCUUGCUGUUGUGGCCGUUGCCGCUCGGCCCCAGGCUCUGCCCUCGCCCCCAGUUCGCCACGUGCACUUUGUCGAUGCAACCCCCGACCACCGCAAUUUCCUCUUUCGGGGCGGUGACCCUAACGUCGGCCGUCAUGGCGCGUUCGACUAUGACGCCCUCACCAAGUCGAUCCAGCUGGCUGCCGAGCGUGUCAACGUAGCUCUCCCGCCCAAGUUCUACCUCAUCGACAUCAACUUGACGAACCUGGAGGCCGAUGGCGAUGCGCACAGAACCAUCGCCGAGUGGACCUUCUUCAACGCCAACCCGCACCUGGGCAAGUUCAUCUUCUGGGAAACGCACGGCACGAGGGACAACGCCAGCGACCCGCUGGUGCCGGCGAGCCUCAAGCAGUACAUGAUCGAAAACUUCAAGGUGUGGCAGGGCGACCAGCUCGUCACCAGGAUGGAGGAGCUGCGCUCGAUGCUCUACACCAACCUGACCCUGCCGGUCGUGCUGUACGGGCACUGCGACUGCGGCUGUGACAGGACCGGCGAGACCAUGGGCGCCUACUACAUGAAGUGGCUGAACUACUCCUGGGACCAGACCAACAGGCUCAAUACCGAGUUCGCCGAGCGCCCCAUGAUGUGCGAGGAGUACCUGGCCAUGCAGUACUACUGCCUGUACCUCAACCACUCCGAGGGCAGGAAGCUCAACUGCCUCACCAACCACCCCUGCACGCCCCGGUGGAAGGCGGCGUUGAUGAGGUCCAUGCCCUCGUCGGGGUUCAACGAGGCGAGGGUGACGACCGAGGCGGUCGUCGAGACGGUGCUGCCCGUGGACUGA